UUUCCUUCCUUUUCACUCGCCGUAAUUCGGAAAGAUGGCAACCCGCAAGGAGUCCACAGCUGCAGCUACCACAACGCCGUCUCAGUCCUCGGCCAACACGCUGGACUCUCCGGUGAAGCAGAUCCAGAUAGAGGGGCUGGUGGUUCUGAAGAUCAUCAAGCACUACCAGGAGGAAGGGCAGGGCAGUGAGGUGGUGCAGGGAGUGCUACUGGGCCUGGUGGUGGAAGACCGGCUGGAGAUCACCAACUGCUUCCCUUUUCCCCAGCACACUGAGGAUGAUGCUGACUUCGACGAAGUUCAGUACCAGAUGGAGAUGAUGCGAAGCCUUCGCCAUGUGAAUAUCGACCACCUGCAUGUGGGCUGGUACCAGUCCACCUACUACGGCUCCUUCGUCAGCCGCGCCCUGCUUGACUCGCAGUUCAGCUACCAGCACGCCAUCGAGGAGUCAGUGGUGCUCAUCUAUGACCCCAUAAAGACAGCCCAAGGCUCUCUGUCCCUCAAGGCCUACAGACUGACCCCCAAGCUGAUGGAGAUCUGUAAGGAGAAGGACUUCUCACCUGAGGGGCUGAAGAAGGCCAACAUCGGGUAUGAGCACAUGUUCGAGGAGGUGCCCAUCGUCAUCAAGAACUCCCACCUGAUAAACGUGCUGAUGUGGGAGCUGGAGGAGAAGUCCACAGUGGCUGACAAGCACGAGCUGCUCAACCUCUCCAGCAGCAACCACCUGGAGAAGAGCCUGCAGAUGCUGAUGGACCGUGUGGACGACAUGAGCCAGGACAUUGUCAAGUACAACACCUACAGCCGUAACCUGAGUAAGCAGCAGCAACAGAAGCACCAGUACCUGCAGAGGCGGCAGCAGGAGAACGCUCAGAGGCAGUCUCGCGGGGAGCCACCGCUGCCUGAUGAGGACCUCAGCAAAAUGUUCAAGCCCCCCCAGCCCCCACCCCGCAUGGACACGCUCCUCAUCGCAGGGCAAAUCAACACCUACUGCCAGAAUGUCAAGGAGUUCACCUCACAAAACCUGGGCAAACUCUUCAUGGCUGAGGCACUGCAAGGCCACAACAACUAGCGGAGGACCCAAGGUGCCAAUCAGGCAGAGCAUGAUGUGAUCAGCUAACCCAGCUGCCUGAAGCACAGAGCGCAACCCGCAUGACCAAGGGGAAAGAGGAUUUUUUUGAAAUAACUGAGAGGAAGCAUUUAGAGUUGGGUUUUGACCAUGUAAGUCCCUGGUUUAGGGAAUUUUGUUAAUUGGAUAUGAAUACAAAACCAAAAUAAAAUGGGAUGG